AUGAGCUCGGCAUCAAGGAGGAGCUCGUUCGGGGUGAUGGGGAAGACGGCGGAGGAGCGCAGUGCCGAGAUCGCGGCAUUCACAGCGAAGAGGAAGGAGGCGCUGGCUCGAGCAGAGCAGCUGAGGGAGGAGCGCAAGGCCCAGCAGCGGGAGCGGGAAGCAGCCAAGGUGAAUGAUCGUGCUGGGAUAGCGGAGACUGACGGUUGGUUCCGAUCGUUGACGGAGGAGGCGCAUCGCAGCGGAGGAGGACAUGGCGGCGACAUCUUCGGCAUGGAGGAUGGCAGAUCCAGCGCCAUGUCCAAGCAGGGCGGAUCGCUCGAGAUCCCCGACUUCAUGCAAGAUGUGUCCAACACGUACAGGAACCGUCAUGCUGCUGCUCACGCGGCUGACGCUCGAGCGGACAGACAUGAGAAGGAGCAGGAGCAGGAGCAGGAGCAGGAGCAGGAGCAGGAGCAGGAGCAGGAGCAGGAGCAGGAGCAGGAGCAGGAGGAGGAGGAGGAGGAGGAGGUGGUGGUGGUGGUGGAGGAGGAG